AUGAAGUAUGAAAAACAGUUAAAAAAUAACACGAAUGCUUUAAAUUUACAUACUGAAGAAAAAAAUAAAGAAAAUGAAGGAUUUAAAAAUGAAGUUAAGAAUCAAGAAAAAACAGAAUUAAAAAAUAAAGAAAGUUAUAACUCUUCAGUUCAUUCAAAUUCUAAUAAUUCCCAAUUAAAACAAAAUUUAGGAAAUUUGCUAGGAUUAUAUUAUUCAAGUGAAGAGGAAAGUGAAGGAAAUAUUGAAGAGAAGAAUCAAAUAAUAAACAAACAUAGUAGUAAAGAAGAAAAUACAAAUGAAUGUAGUUACAAAAACAUAAAUGAAGAAAAAAUUAUCGAAAAUAAAAAUGAAAUCAAAAAUUUAAGUAAAGUUAGUUGUGAAAAUGAACAAAUCAGUGAAAUUAUGAAUGAAAAAAAAACUGAUAACAAAGGUAAAAAAGUGAUUGAGAUUAAAAAUGAAAGAAAUCCUAAUAAUGAAAGCAUAAAUAAAGAUGAAAUUAAAAAUAAUAUAAAAAUUAGUAAUGAAAAAGAACCUAUAAAAAAUGAUUGCAGUCAAGAAGGCGCAAAUGAAUGCAAUACACAAAGAAAAUAUAUCAAUGAAAACAAAAUUUCAUUGAAAAAUCUGAGUGAAAUAAAUGAAAACUAUGAAAGUAAAAAUGACAAUUUUAAUACUAAUACAAAUAUAGGCUUUAUGAAUGAAGGAAAUAAUGUAGUACAUAAUAAAAAUUAUUCACAUAUUCACGAAUACAAUAAAUUACCAAUUAAUAAUAUAAAUAAUAUUUAUAUGAACUACCCAUAUAAUAUGUAUGAAAAUAAUAAUUAUCUAUACAAUAAUUUAAAUAAUAAUCUGUUAAGUUAUGAUAUGAAUAAUAAUUCAUUACUACAUACAAAUAAUAUUAACGUAACUAAUAAAUCUGAAAAUAUUUAUAAUGGUUUGGGAUUUUCUAAAAAAAAAGAGUUGAACGUAGAUUUAGCAAAUAUUCCUAUAAUAGAUCAAAGUAAAAUACUAAGUGGAUGGAAACCUAAUAUAACACAAGAAGAAAAAAAAAGUAAAAAAUAUAAUAUAAAGACAAAAGUUUAUAAUCCAAUUAAUAAUACUUUUGAUAAAGUUAUUAUUCAUGGGAAAAAUCAAAAACGAAAACAUCAAAUAAAUUGGUUAGCUAAGGAAGCAGUUGAAAAAGAAUACGAAAUUUUGCAAAAAACUAAUUACAAUAAAAGAAGAACAACUAAUGAAAAAUAUGGAUGGUAA